UUUAGAUCAAGGCUUGACCUCUGUCCCGUCAUCAAAGACGUUCCGACUACUGCCGACUUCUGGCCACUCCUGUGGCCCCCCUUGAAAUCGCAGAAGAACUUGUUUAGUGUCGUGCUGGAAAACAUGGUCGACGUGCAGACAGCUGCGCCUAUGAACAGCAUCGGGGCCAAGUUGACAGUGGCCAGCAGCCAAUCUCUGUCAAGAUCUCAACCCUCAAUGGCCAUAUCGCCCGACACUGUAUCACGACUGCGCUCCCAACUUGCUCUGGAAACAUUCUCACCAGUGAACCGAAAUGGAUGCUUUGACUUUGACCGGGUUAUCAAAUGUGGCUAUCUUCAAAAGAGGACCAAGACGAGGUCCUGGAAAACGGUUUAUGUUGUCAUGAGGCCGAAUACACUCUCGAUAUACAAAUCAGAUAAAGAAGACAAGCUGCGGAAUAAGAUAUACCUCUCCGACCUGACCGCCGUCACGCUCCUCAAGGAUCCAAAGCAAAAGCGCCACAAUAUGUUUGGGCUUUUUUCCCCUUCAAAAAACAUAUAUUUUCAAGCUCCCUCGUCCAAAGAUGCCCAGGAUUGGGUUGAGGCGGUUCGCCAAGAUGCCCGAAUCGAGGAGGAGGAGGAUGAGAUUUUCCUUGCGAGUCCCAUAGUCAGGCGAGAGUCCUAUGGCAUGACGAUGUCUCCAAUAGAGCAGGACAAGACAAACGGGGCGUUGCUGGAGCGGGAGCGCAUGAUGACAAGCUCGCCAGAGAUUCAGGAACGUGUCGUUGCCCGUAAUGUGGUAGAUCGUCAGUAUGCGCGCCGAGCCUCUCAUCUUGGCGAAUCUUCAGGAUUGUCGGGUAACGAGUUGGCCUCCCACUCGGACCUCUCAGAUGUCGAUGUGCCCAGCCGCUACAUUGUCAAGUCGGCAGAGAGCGUCGAUCAGCAGUCUCCGUCGAGUCCGCUACAGGACCGUCCGAAUCUUGGCGGAAGGGUCGGGAGUAACGCCAGCGGCAUUGCUCCAGAAAAGGACCCAGAUCGCGUCAUGUGGCAAGGGCAGAUGUGGUUCUUGCGCUCCAAGGGUGGUUUGAGACAGUGGAAAAAGUCUUGGGCCGUUGUUCGACCCAGAAAUUUGAUCCUAUACCGGGAUUCGUCCGAAUACUCACCACACCUCGUUCUGCCACUGUCUUCAAUCCUCAAUGUGGUUGAUCUGGACCCUAUCAGCAGGACAAAGAGGCACUGCCUCCAAAUCAUCACGGAAGAAAAACGCUUUCGCUUCUGUGCAGCCGACGAGGAGAGCCUGCUGCAGUGCCUCGGGGCCUUCAAAAGCUUAUUGGCAAGGAGACGCGAGUUGGAGGCAAGAGCCGCCGCUGCGGUACCAGUGCCCGAAAUAACGAGGGAUUUGGCGACUCCCGACAGAGCUACACGACCGGAUAUCUACGGCAUAUCACCACCGGCUACGGCGACUACCACUAUCACCACCACCACCACCACAGUUUCUGUCAAUCUUGCCGCUUGA